AUGAAAAAUAUUAUUUUCUUGAUUGUCGUGGUUAUUGGUGAGUUAUGAAAGUUAGCGCAGGCUUUCAGACUGUGACAUCAAAAUUUUCAGGGACUAACGCAGAUUUCGAUGCCAGUGCUCAACAAGACAUUUUGAAUGGUCACAAUUCUUUGAGAAGUCAAAUUGCUGAGGGAAACUAUACUGUUAAUGGAACGAAAAAACCUCCAGCAACUGAUAUGCUUGAAAUAGUUAGUUUCAAAAAUUAAUUUGAGCUCAAAAUAUUUAUUGCAGAAGUGGGACAAUGAAAUUCAAAGUAAAGCUCAAGAAUAUGCGAAUACGUGUCCAAAAGGUCAUUCACAUAGAAAAGGUGUUGGCGAGAAUUUGUUCUAUGUGUUGACCUCUGGAAGUCUCGGAGACUUGAAUCAGUAUGGAUCUUCCGCAUGUUCUUCUUGGGCAAGUGAAUUCCAAGUUGAUGGAUGGCCAUCCAAUAACUUGACAUGGGAUUUGUUCAAGAGUAACAUUGGGCAUGCCACUCAAAUGGCAUGGGCUAAGACAGAAUAUAUUGGAUGUGGUGUGAAGGCUUGCAAUGGGACGAAAGAUUAUCCUAGAGAAGUGGUUGUUGUUUGUCAAUACAGUCCACAAGGAAAUGUUUUGUAUCAAAAUAUUUAUGAAUCUGGACCGACUUGCUCGGAUUGUGAGAAUGGAACUUCUUGUGCUACUGCAACUGGACUUUGUGUUUGA